AUGACCAAGAAAUCCUCACAACCAUCUUCAAAAAAGUCCGCAAAACAAGACGAUGAUAUGGCCUUCCUGAUGGAAAUGCAAAAGCAAAAUGAGAAGGCUGUUGAAAAGAAGAAGACGGAAGAAAAGAAGAAGGUACAACAAAAUCCAUCAACAACAUCAUCAUCCGCACCACAACAACCAAAGACUUAUCCUAACCAACAAACUCAACCCGAACCAACCGUUCCAAUUCGAUAUUUAUUCAAAGACAACAAAUACCCAGAAGGAGAAAAUAUGGAAUAUACUCAAGAUUUUAAUAGAUUUAGAGCGUCAUCAAAGGAGGAACAACAAAAAGAAGAAUUAUUUGAUAAAAUCUAUCAAGAAGCAAGACAAGCCGCCGAAGUACACAGAACAGCAAGAAAAUGGUUCCAAGGUUAUGUUAAGCCUGGUAUGAAAGUCAUUGAUGCUGCCGAAGCAUUAGAAAACAAGGCAAGAGAGUUGAUUGAAGAUAACAAAUUGAAUGCUGGUUUGGCUUUCCCUCUUGGUUGUUCCAUGAAUAAUUGUGCUGCGCACUACACACCAAAUGCAGGAGAUGAAACAGUUAUAACAGCCGAUGAUAUUAUCAAAUUUGAUUUGGGAUUGCACAUUAAUGGCCGUAUUAUUGACUGUGCUUUCACAAUGUAUUGGGAUGACAAAUUCAAGCCAUUAGCAAUGGCUGCCAAGGAGGCUACAAAUACUGGUAUUAAAACAGCUGGUAUUGAUGUGAGAAUGUCAGACAUUGGAGCUGCAAUUCAAGAAGUAAUGGAAAGCUAUGAAGUGGAAUUGAAUGGAAAGACAUAUCCUGUUAAGUGUGUUCGUAAUUUGAACGGUCACUCAAUUGACAGAUACAGAAUUCAUGCCGGUAAAACUGUACCAAUUGUGAAGAAUAAUGACCAAACCAAGAUGGAAGAAAACGAAUUCUUUGCUAUCGAAACUUUCGGUUCCACCGGUAGAGGAUUUGUGGACCAUGAGGGAGUUUGUUCUCAUUACAUGAAAGAUUUCCACAAAAAGGUCAAUCCAACAGAUUUAAAGACACAAAAGGCUCGCGAAUUGCUCAAAGUAAUUGAUGACAACUUUAGCACGCUUGCUUUCUGUCGUAGAUAUCUUGAUAGACUCGGAGAAGAAAAGUACAUGGUAGCUCUUAAGAGUUUAGUGAAUGCUGGUGUGGUUAAUGAAUAUCCACCGUUGUGUGACGUCAAGGGCUCUUACACAUCUCAAUACGAACAUACCAUUGUUCUCAAACCAACACGUAAAGAAGUAAUUAGCAGAGGAGAUGACUACUAA